AUGUUCAGAUCGCAAGCGGUCAGAGUUGGCAAUCCUUUGCUGCUAGGCUUUAAAAAUGGUUCUCUUCGCGAUUCCGUUUGGAGGUCGCGCACAACACUGUAUAGAUUUGCAUCAAGCUCGUCCAAUCAGAAACAGCAUGAAGUUUUCACUCCAGAGGAGCUCGAACAAGCUCGCAAAAACCGUCUUACAGGAUUGGGACCAUUUGUAUCGAAGCUACCAAACAAAUUAAUACCCUAUGCGGAGCUCAUGCGACUUGAAAAACCCGUAGGGACUUGGCUUCUUUAUCUACCAUGCACAUGGGGGAUCACAAUGGCUGCGAUGGAAUCCAUGGCCCCAGUUUCUUCAACAUUGUGGAUGCUUUCAUUAUUUGGUGUUGGUGCAUUGGUCAUGAGAGGGGCUGGCUGUACGAUAAACGACCUGCUGGACCGGAAUUUGGAUGAUAAGGUCAUAAGAUCAGUUGAGAGACCAAUUGCGUCGGGAAGAGUGAGCCCCGCGAGUGCUGUGGCUUUUCUGGGCGCCCAAACUGCCGUGGGUGUUUCUAUUCUUACUCAAUUACCUGCUCAGUGCUGGUGGCUUGGCCUCGCAUCUUUACCACUUGUUUUCACAUAUCCACUCUUCAAGAGAUUCACGUACUAUCCACAAGUAGUGUUGAGUGCUUGUUUUAACUGGGGUGCUCUAUUAGGGUUUCCGGCUAUGGGAGUGAUGGACUGGUCCACGAUGCUCCCAUUAUACACUAGCAGCUUUCUUUGGUGCAUGACCUACGAUACGAUAUACGCUCACCAAGACAAGAAAUUUGACAUCAAGGCUGGCAUUAAGUCAACUGCCUUAGCGUGGGGUGCUAAUACAAGGAAGAUCUGUACGGGUUUAUCCGUUGUACAAAUGGGUACACUGGCACUUGCCGGUGUCAACAGUGGCCUUCUGUUCGGGCCCGGCUUUCUGGCAGGAAUGGGCAUUUUUGGGUAUAGAUUGUUCAAUAUGGUUCGGAAAGUGGAUUUAGAUGACCCAGAAAACUGCUGGAAAUAUUUUAAGAGCAACAUUCAAACUGGGUUGUAUUUCUCUGGGGCGCUUUUCUUUGACUAUUUAUUGAGAAUAUUUGGCCUUCUCUAA